GGAUCUUCUAUAGUCAGCAAAGGGAACCAUUAUCUACGCAUGCGCUUCUUUGGUUUCCGAACGUGGCAUAGUCAUGGCGCAUUGCAUUGGUGGUGUGUUGCUGGCAAGUUUUAUUUUUCUGUUCUUGAUACCUUUUCACUCUGGGGCCAAACAGAGCAAAAAAGAUCUUGUUAUUCGAGUGGAGGAUUUUAAAGACUUCAAAAAGCUGCUGAGGACCAGAACUAACCUACUGGUCAUUUUUGCCCAGUCUGAGAAGUCAGCAUCCAAAUCUAUGACUCUCUUUGAACAAGUAGCUGAGGAAAUGAAGGGCAAGGCCACAAUAGCUUUUGUCAAUUGUGGAGACGACAAAAAGUUUUGUAAGAAACUAAAAAUUAAUCCGGACACAUUUGAACUAAAGCAUUACAAAGACGGCGAAUUCAACAAAGACUAUGAUCGUAAGCUAGCUGCAAAGUCCAUGGUAAAUUUCCUGAUGGACCCAACAGGUGACAUACCAUGGGAUGAAGAUCCAACUGCUGUUGAUGUAAUUCAUAUAGACUCAGAAGAUGGUCUGAACAAGCUCCUGAAGAAGGACAAGGCAGCAACACUGGUCAUGUUCUAUGCACCAUGGUGUGGCUACUGUAAACGCCUUAAGCCAGAGUUUGCAGCUGCUGCAACAGAAGUUAAAGGGAAGGCCCAGCUUGUUGGUAUAGAUGUCGACAAGCCACAGAUGAUGGGCAUGCGCACUCAGUAUAAUGUUACUGGUUUUCCAACUCUCUACUAUUUUGAGAAGGGCAGAGCCAUGUUCCGAUACGGAGGAGAAAACAACAAGGAUGGCAUUAUCACCUGGCUUAACAACCCCAGGCCUCCUGAAGAGCCCAAGAAGGAAGCUGAAUGGUCUGAAGAACCAUCAGAAGUGGUGCAUCUAGAGGACAGCAACUUUGAUACCUACAUUAAGGAACAUUCAUCUGUUCUUGUCAUGUUUUAUGCACCAUGGUGUGGACACUGCAAGAAAAUGAAACCUGACUACACUGAGGCAGCAGAAACCAUCAAAAGUGAGGGGCUGACUUCAGUUCUGGCUGCAGUAGAUGCAACCAAGAAUCGAAAACUGGCAGAGGACUACAAAAUAAAAGGUUUUCCCACACUAAAGUAUUUCAAGGAUGGAGAGUAUGCUUUUGAAGUUAAUGAACGAGAUAAGGACAAAAUCAUUGAGUUCAUCAAAAAUCCUCAAGAACCUCCACCUCCACCAGCCCCAGAACCCAGCUGGGAGGAAAUUGAGAGCAGUGUGGUGCACCUUAAUGAGGAAAAUUUUAAAUUUACUCUAAAGAAGAGGAAACACAGCCUGGUUAUGUUCUAUGCACCAUGGUGUGGUCAUUGUAAAAAGGCCAAGCCAGAGUUCAUGUCUGCUGCUGCACAGUUUAAAGAUGACAGCAAGGUUUUAUUUGGUGCAGUGGACUGCACCACACAGCAGAGUAUCUGUACUGCACAUGAUGUGACGGGCUACCCCACUUUUAAAUAUUUUAAUUACUUGAACAAAAACUCACAGAAAUACAUGGGUGGUCGUGAGGAAAAUGAUUUUGUGAACUUCAUGCGUGACCCUCUCAGCCCAUCACCAACCCUUCCACCAGCAACCCAGCCACAGCCUCAGACGAACCCUGGAGAAGACUGGGCAGAUAUUGAGGGGCAAAAAAACAUAAAUUUUCUAACAGCAGAGACAUUUGAUUCAUUUAUUGCUGAGCAGCCAUCAGUUCUUGUGAUGUUUUAUGCACCCUGGUGUGGACAUUGUAAGAAAAUGAAGCCAGCUUAUGGUGAAGCAGCAACUAAAGUGAAAGAAGAAGGGCUUGGGGCACUAGCUGCAGUGGAUGCUACCAUAGAGAAAGAUUUGUCACAAAAAUAUGAUAUCAGAGGCUUCCCAACAUUAAAAUAUUUCAGGAAUGGAAAAGUCGAGUUUGAAUAUGGCAGCGGUCGAUCAGCUUCUGACAUUAUUUCAUUUAUGAAAGAUCCUAAGGCAUCUCCACCUCCAGAGCCAGAAUGGAGUGAGCAAGUAUCUGAUGUCAACCACUUGACAAACGACAACUUUGACAGCUUCCUGGCAGCUAACAGAAAAGUGUUAGUGAUGUUCUAUGCACCAUGGUGUGGUCACUGCAAGAAAAUGAAGCCAGCAUACAUGUCAGCAGCAACAAGGUUAAUGACUGAAGUCCCUGAUGCAAAACUUGCUGCUGUGGAUGCCACAAAAUACAGAGAACUGGCCAAUACAUACAGUAUCAAAGGCUUUCCUACAUUAAAGUAUUUUGAAGGUGGAAAGGAGAUCUCAGACUAUGGUGGUGGACGGUCAGAAGAAGACCUGGUUAAUUUUUUCAAGGGUUCUAAACCACCAACCCCUGAAGAAUCAUUACCAUCAUUCUUCCACUCAAAAUGGGUUCCUUCGCUCUCUGGUGCCAAUUUUUCAUCAACUCUUCGCAACCGAGAGGCAGCUCUUGUAUUUUUCUAUGCUGAUUCCUGCCCUAAGUGCACCAAAUACUGGCCAGAAUUUGCCGCAGCUGGGGAGGCUUUAGUGAACCAACUGGCUACAGUAAACUGCGAUACCUAUUCUGAUCUGUGUGGACUGGAAGGCAUUCGCAAGUUCCCGACUUUUGUUCUUUAUAUGCAAGGACAGCGCAAAGAUGAAUAUAGAGAUGCAAAAACAAAGGAUGCAUUUCUUAAUUAUGUUAAAACACAAACACCUCUGACAAAGGAAGAGUUGUGAUCUUAGUCUUUACUAUGCCAAGCUUACUUUUCUUAGCUUUUAAAGAUGCCAUCCCAUUCCCACUUUUCCCUUUCCCACAAUUUACAACUGGUAUAGAAUUUUUAGAUUUUUGACACUUAUUCUUCACAGGAAAAUUUUGUUCAACCACAUGACUUUAGACAACUUUCUUAUCGCCAUCUUUUUUGAAGGGUGCUUAUGUCCUUUAUUUUGUUAGAAAACUUCAGGGUGCAUAUUUAGACAUUAAUCUGUGAUCAGCUGAAGCAUUAUUUGGCAAUUUUUCACAUUGCAUGAUAAUCGCAUUAAAGGGUGCUAUGAUUUU